AUGUAUAUCGUCAUCGGUUUAACAUAUGCCGUAUCAAGUUUACAUAUAUUCUUGGCACUAAUGAGUUUGGUCGUUGGAAUUAUUUCAGCAAGUAAAGCGUUAGUGUGGAUGGCACACAGUGUUUCACCAAUUUGGAGUGGCGUAUUUUUCGCAAUUUGCGGUAGUAUUGGAGUUAUAAGUGGUAAACAAAAAGGUCUAUACUUAGUAAGUCAAAUAUUAUGUUUUUGUGCAAUUAGCAUUGUGGCACUUAUUGUAGCAAGUGUUAACAUUCAACUACUGCGCCUCGGCCUUAUUAAUGUUACAACAGACGGUCACACGUAUCAAAAAGAGGAAAAAGAUGUAAUUGUUUUAAUAGCGUUAACCCUUAGUUGUGUUGAAUGUCUUGUAUGUCUAUUGAGUAUAUUAAUCGGUGUUAAACUUGCCUUCGAUGCAAAAAAUCAAAAAUUUCGUAAAAAAGAAGGAGCAUUUUUUGUGCAAAUAUUAAGUGAAAAAGAUAUUGUUGUUGUAUCCAAAGCACCCAGUUCAAGACAUUCAAUUGCUUGGAACGGAUCUGCUCGUUCUAGUUCAUCUUAG